AUGUUGAUCACUGGCAUUGUUGCUGUCUUCUCUCUCUCUGUUGUCUUGUGUACCUCCACCAACGUGUCGACAUCGACAUCGAUUGUCUUUACCUGUUUUGUUUGCCUCGAGACUGCAUACACAUAUCACAAGAGCGAGGGCGGCGCUGCAACCGCCUCUCCUGACCCCAACCGGAGGAUGGAUCCGACCAUGAACCCCAUCACGAGGAGGCCGGGACCUGGACGUGGUCGUCCCAAGAAGCAGCAGAACACGGCCCAGGGACAGUCUCCCACCAGCACAGCUUCGGUCUCCGAGACGGGUACUACCGGUCCUAGUGUCACCCCGAUUCCUCCCCCGGUUGUCCCUGGUGCCCCCAGUCAGAGCACCACCGCCAUCCCCGUUCCCGUUGUUCCCGGGAUGCCCGCCCCGCCUGCUGGUAUGCAUUCUGCCGCUGCGGCGCAGGCUCAAGCUCACGCCCAGGCCCAGCAGGCCCACGCACAGCAUUUUAUCCAGGCUCAGCUUCAGGCUCAGGCUCAGGUUCACGCUCAGCAUGCUGCCCGCACCCAGCAAAACGGACGAGGCGGAAAUCAGGCUGGCGGUCAAGGCCCGGCCAACCAGCAGGGUGUCCAAGCUCAGUCUGGUGGGCAGCAGUCGGCGAAUGACGAUGAUGUGGCUGUGGACCCUAGCCUCGAGGACGGCGACGACGACCAGCACCAAAGCAAGCGACGCAAGGUGGAACAGGACCCUCUGGACGACGCGGCGGUGAUGAAUGCCUUGGCUGCUCAUAACGACCCAGCAUCAAACGCCGCCCACUUUUCGCCAGAGAUCAACUUCAACUACCUUGCGUUCUUCAAGCCCUCAAACCAAAUCGCAACUUACGCUGAACUCAACAAGCCAGCAGUCGAAAGCACCGCAUUCCUCACUCUUCACCCAACAAGACUCGCCAACGCCAACAUGUCCACCGCCGACGAGACCUCCAAGGAUGGCAAGUGGAACAACGACGCUCACACGGCCCUCUGCACCGCUCUCGCCGAGGCCCUGAUUGCUGCUGGAAGCAGUGCCGCGCAGAAGAAAGAGCUCAUCAUGGCCGUCAUGAGAGCGAGUGGCCAAAACGGAUUUACCUGGGAGUCAAUUCGAAUUCAUCGCAAAAUGCCGCGUUGGGAUGAGCAGACCCAUAUCGAUCUGAUGAUCGUCCUCUACACGGCCUUGCAGCCCAGCCUGAACAAGGAGGUUCAGGAUGCCAUCGUGGAGGCCAUGCGCAAUAAAGGCCAUCAAGACGUAGGAUGGGAUGCGCUCCGACCUCUUUCACUCCGGCAACCUCGCCUUGCAACCAAAAUGCCCAAGUGGGAGGAUAUCCGCGACGACCUGUUCCAGGCGUACAUGAUGGCCACUGGCCCAAUUACCCAGGACCAGCAGGCCUCGAUCGAGGAUUUCAUGGUCAGCCGCGGGCACGAAAUCAAAUGGAACGCGAUUAGCACUACUAACAUCUCCAACUCAACCAAGAUGUCCGCGCAGCGCAACUUGACCAGGUGGGAUCAAAAGACGCACGAGGACAUCAUGAUGGCCAUGUUCAUCCAUUUCCUCCCGACGGCGUCUGAUAUGAAGGAGAUUGUUGAGCUCCUCAAACCAAAGGGACACGCAUUCACUGAUUCCGCGCUACUCCCAAAUUCUCUGUCUUCCAAAAUGGAGGACGAGGACGAGAUGUACUACGUCCCCAGGGCUUCCCAGAAGCCUACCACCUGGGAUCACGACGCCCAUCUGACGUUGCUUCAAGCCGUCAUGGUGGAGGCUCUUCCUAACAAGACGCAGUGGGACAGGAUUCUGAAGCGCGUUUCCAGCAAGGGAUAUUUUUACACCCAGACCGCGUCUUCCCUCCACAUAUCAUUCAUCAUCAUCAUGGGAGACUCCGAUACCGAAAAGGUCUCCUCCGAGACCGGCCGCAUGUCAUGGACACAUAAUGUGGACAAGCACCUAAUCGGCUGCAUCGUCGAGGAGAUUCUUCCCGGCGAGGAGGCUUACAGGAACCUUGCCGCGCGCAUGGCAAGCCUGGGAUACACAUGCACGCCCAAGUCUGUGAAGUACGCUUGCUAA